UCGAGAUUGCUACCGAUCUAGCCACCUACUUCGCUAUCAACCCAAUUAGCAACCUACCAUUACUGACUUAUACAUGAAUAUAUAAGUACUGUAUGACUAAUGACUUCAGUCCAUUCCUACCAGCUAUGUGGCUAGCGCUAAGCGGAAGUCUGCUUUUACGUCAUCAGUACGUAUUUUUAACACGUAACUUGACUGUUGUCGCAGCGUGACAUUGGCAACCUCUGAAAAAUGAAUUCGCGUACGCUUAUAGUAACGAGUGCUGUGGUUCGGUCGUCAAUGUGUUAAUUCUUUGCCAUGCUGCUCUGGAGCUCGCCAGCUCUACGGAGCGUCGUCGGACUUUUCAGGUGGCGGACCGCCAAUCGUCUUCGUACCCCGCUGCGUUGCACACACCAACAACGGUGUCUCUUCACGACUACCGGUGGCAAGUUAGCCAGAGAGUACGACGAGGGCGAGUCGAGCCACCGGCCGCCGCUGAGGGAGUGGAGCCUGAAGGUCAGCCCCUUCAGCACUUUGCGGGCAUGCCUGAGUUGCAGCAUCUCUGUCCGGCCCCUGGACCCGCACGCGUUUCCCGAAGCGGACCGAGCCUUCGUCGCGGUCCACGGAGGGGACCAGGGAACGGACGUGGAGGACUUCUGUGUCCACUACGACGACCAUGGCAAGGAGCUGUUCAUCUCGGCGGAGAGGGCUGACAGCAGUUUGUCUGUCCAUUUGUCUGUACCCAUCAAGAGCAAUCUCUUCAUUCGCACCCACGCUGAAGGCAAUGUGCAGGUGAAGAACAUGGAGUGUGAUAUCUGCAAGGUGCACACAGAGAAAGGUGACUGCUCACUGCGUUCAGUCAAGGGCCAUCUGGUGGAGGUGCGGUCAGGUGGAGAUGUCACAGGCGAGGGCACCAUCCAUGGCAACGUGGAUAUCAGCGCUUUUGGCAAGGGUGCGGUGCGUGUCAAGAAGCUGCAGGGCUCCGAGAUGAAGGUCUCCACAGAACACGGCCCUCUAGCGGUCAAGGCCGUCUACGCCGAAUCCAGCUGCGUCUCCUCCUUCACGGGAAAGGUGGAACUGGGACUAAUACACGGUGACGCCACUGUGAAGAACAGAGAAGGCCAUACACUCAUUGAUGGCUCCAAUGGCCUCUUGAUGCUUUCUUCUGAAAGUGGAGACAUCGAUGUAUAUGUGGGAGACGGCGCCAGCUCGGAAGUGCUCAGUCGGGAAGGACAGGUUUGUGUCCGCGUGCCGUCUUCGUUACAAGCAGAGGUGGAGUUAUGUGGUGUCACGGUUGACGUCAGCCAUGAUGUUAUUCUGCACCAAGUCCAGGAGAACACUACUGAGAACCAAACCAGAGUCACUGGCUACAUGAACACAGAUGGUCCAGUAAGGCAGCGGAUCAAAGUCACCACGGAAAGAGGCUCAGUCAGCCUGAGGACGCAAAGCUGGUUGCAGUCCUUGAAGCUGGGACGCUGAAAAGUUACAUUGUGGCACUGCAGUGUCACUCACAGAUGAAUAUAACCCAUCGUGACUGUGAAGAGACUGAAAUAAUCACACCUCUGUGCAAUCACAUUUUUAUUUAAUAAAAAAAAAAAAUGGUAUUCAUUACAGUAACAUUGAUUUCACUCAAUAAGAAAUAGUCUGAAUAAGUCUUUGCAUAGUAAAACUGCAUGAUCUAAAGAUGCCAUACAUUCCCCAACAAUGGGGUUAAGUGUUUAAUUUGAGGUUUUGAGGUAAGCUAACAUGAUUUAAAGUACAUAUGAACACACACACACACACACACACACACCAAAGUAUACAAUAUAGCAAAAAUGACCUCUGCCAAGGUUAUGUUCCUGUUUGUUUGCUGCCUUAGUAAACAUGAACAAUUACUGUAGGUAGUUGUUGGAGAGAUGGUGUUUAGGCCUCAGUAUAUUCCUUUCCUAGAAGCCAUUUAUUGUUGUGGACCUCUGCAUUAUUUCCAACAUUUUUCCUCACAAUUUUUUUUUUUAUUUUCCUUUCCACUUUGGUCAAUAGUCCAAUGACAAAUCUUUUUUUUCUUUAAUAUCAAUAUCAAGUAAAAAUAUUUUUUCUCUCCACUUUCUUUCCAUGUUUCACUGCUGUCCAAUAAAAUGAAGGAAAUCUUUUUACAUGUUU